UUAAGAAAAUAAAAUAGGACGAUCAAAGAAUUAAAAAAAAAGAAGAUAGAAUUUGGAUUGGAUUGAAACAAUCUUUCCUCGGAAUUAGGGGUUUAUUUUCCAUUAUAAUUCAUACUAAUUGUUAAGUAUUUCAAUUUCUUUUCAAUCUUCCUUUGCAAGAGACUCCAUUCUCAUCAUAUCUCUCUCAACAAACACCCAUUUUUGUAUACCUUCAAAAUCAUUCGACCCUCAAAAAAAAAAACAAAGGAAAAUAAUAGACCCACUAAAAUAUCCGUCUAUUUCUUUAGUACCUUCCAUUUUUGUAGGGUUUAUUUACACGUUUUUCAAUCGUUAUGACCACGGAAAGAUCCAUCUUUUCUUUGUUGUAACUGGUGAAUUUGUGGGGUUUUGUUAUUUAAGUAGUUGAGGAAGAGAUGGGUAGAGGUAGGGAUAGGGAUAUUUCAAGGUCUAGAUCGAAGUCGCCAGCAUAUAGGAGGAGAUAUUCGCGGUCACCCUCAUCGCCUGUGGUGCGCAGACAUAGCCGCAGAAGCAGGAGAGAUAGAAGCAGAUCUCCUUAUUCGUAUAGCAGGUGAUACCCAUUUGCUUAAAUUGAUUUAUGGAUUUGACCCUUGUGUUGAUGUCUCUGAUUUGUAUGUUUUAUGUACAAGGAUUUGUUGUUUUAUUCUAAUAAAGCUCACAUGUGUUUGCUGAUUCAGUUACAGUUUGUUCAGGCAAUGUCUACGUGUUUGAUUCUUGAAAACUGUUGGUUUUUAUCUGCCAUUUAUUGGAUGGACUUGCUGCCUUGCUCAAAAAGGAUUUUAGGAUUUCGUAGUGACAAUGUUGGUAUAAGAUGUGGCGGGAUUGAUGAUUGAUUGUUUUUGCUUGUAUUUUAAAGACUUUAAGAGGAACUUCUAGUGAUUGGAGAAUUCGUAUAGCACUAAGUUGUCCGCCUACUGUCGGGUGAUACUAAGUUUCAGAACUUUAACCCUUCUUUUGACAAAAUGCCUCAAUUUUCAUUUCAUUUGUUCAGUUUCUUUCAUUGGAUAUUUCUCCCCCGAGGACAUAGGGGGUGCAGAUGUUUUCGUGCUUCUUCUGCCACUAUUGACUUCAUUUUGUUCAGAUUGGUAUUUGCUCAUCAAAAUCCACUAGUUCUCUGUUUUAUGAGUUGGUGGAUUUGAACAAAAUCAAGUUAUGUACUUGUCAAAAUUGGCUUGUUGCUUCUACUAAGAGUUUUCAAUACUUGUGAUGACCAUAGUUAAAUUCCUUGUGAUUCUUGCUGUAAUGUGUUGUAUUGUAAGCUGGUGUUUGUGCUGGUCAGCUGCAAAUUUUAGUCCUCGGUCAGACUGCAAUUCUGAAGAUACGCAUCAUCCUAAUGAGUAGAGUUAAUAAAUAGAAACCUAAAUGUAAUACCUGGCGCAAACUAUGUUCUUCAUUGAGGAAAUAAAAGAAGUAAUUGCUUCCCUUCUUGGGAAGCAAGCAGGUCAUGGGUGCUGGUGAGUGUCCAUUGGUUGCUCGAUUGUGAUAUUAGCUGUUCCUAUGAUAAAAGACGGAGCUCGAGUUUAUUCUUUGCAAUUCAUGAGAAGACGAAGUCGUUCAUCGUCCCCAAGGCGCCGCAAAAGUCGUUCUCCAGCCACCAGACGUCAUAAGAGUCGCUCUCCGAGGAACCAUAGGAGACAAAGAAGUGGGAGUAAGUCAUUGUCUCCUAUUGGUAAAUCACCUGGUUCAAGUAUCGGAUCGAAAGAGCAAAAGGAUAGCAGUGAAAAAAAUAGACUUGAUGAAGAGGAGAAGAAAAGGCGUCAAGAGGAAGCAGAACUGAAAUUAAUAGAAGAAGAAACUGCAAAAAGAGUUGAAGAUGCAAUUAAGAGAAAAGUUGAUGAAAGCUUGAACACGGAGGAGAUCAAGCUUGAAAUUCGAAGGCGACUAGAAGAAGGUAGAAAGAAGCUUGUCAAUGAAGUUGCUGCUCAACUUGAAAAAGAGAAGGAAUCUGCUCUUAUUGAGUCAAAACAAAAGGAGGAACAAGCUCGAAAAGAGAAAGAAGAGUUGGAAAGAAUGCUUGAAGAGAAAAGGCGAAAGGUGGAAGAAGCUCAGAGAAGAGAAGCUUUGGAGCAGCAAAUGAAGGAAGAACACCGUUAUAGAGAACUGGAAGAGCUCCAAAGACAGAAAGAAGAGGCUUUGCGAAGGAAGAAACAACAAGAGGAGGAAGAGCGUGCAAAACAAAUGAAAUUGUUGGGAAAGAACAAAUCGAGGCCAAAACUGUCGUUUGCAUUGGGUUUGAAAUGAUUAAAGACUUUGCCAUCAUGGUCAUUAUCGUGUUGAUCAUCGAAAAGCAAUUGGUUUUUCAGUAGAGGCUGGGAAAACCAAGUUUUGUUGGAUACUUCCUUUUUCCUUUUCUUUAUGGUCCUCUAUUUUAUCUGUAAUCUGAAGUACUUGGCGAGUAUAUUUCCUUCAUCGUUGUUGGCUAAAUCAAUGUACUGUUUUCAACUGAUGUAAUUUAAGGGCAACAUUUUUAGCAA